CGUGGCUGGGAGACGGAUUAUUUGGCUAAACAACAAGCUCGCGAUCAAAACAAAUCUGCAGCAUCAACUCAGCGCGACGACCGCGCCCUCAGGAAAAAGACGAAUAAAAGACAUUUUGCUGUCCCUCAGGUUGCCGUGACGAUGAUUGGCAAGCUCAUUUCUCAGCUGCUCGGCGGCGGCGAAUGCGAGGAGGGCCGGGAUGCUCUGGAGGAAGUUCUGGAGUUUGAAGAGGGAGGCUGGGUCGUCGUCAGUCUGCCAGACGUGGGGCCCGUCCUGUCCCCCGAGGCGCCGGACCCACUGGAGGACCUCCGGAUCCAACAUCCCGGCAUGUGCGUCUAUCAGAUGAGCCGCCGGCUGAGCGGAGGAGCCGAGGAGGACCGAGAAGACGAGGGAGAAGACGGUUCGGAUGAAGAUGAGGAAAACGCUUCUUCCAGGCUGGUCACGUCAUCGUCUUUGGCGGUGCCACGUCUGGCGGCGUGGGGCCUUCCGCUGGCGUCCGGCAGGGGCGCGACGGCGGCGGCUGAGCGCAGGAAGCUGAGCCGGGGGGCCCUGCUCAGGCAAAACCUGACGGUUAAGACACGCCGCUCGCCGGCGGCCGAGCGCCGCGUCAAGCAGCCCAGCCAACGCCCGUACAACUAUUGAACAGGCUGCCGAUGAUGAUGAGGUCCUCAGCUUGUUUUGUACACUUUGUAAAAAUGAUGUAAAGUUUGUUGUGUCUUUUGGUUGUUACGCACACAUUUGAUGUGUAAAUAUAUGCUUUUUUUAAAUUUAUAAAAUGUAAAAAAAAAAAAAAAAAAAAAAAAAAACAACAAUGCAAAUACAUUUUAACUUAAAUGUCAUUUUUUUUAAAUGGUUUGCUGGUAUGACAAUUUAGAAAAAUCAAAAGUCCCAUUUAAUUUCUAUGUGAUUUUUUUGGUGAUAUUUUUUGUUCAAAAUUUACUGCAAAUUCAAAGGCUCCAUUUGAAAUUUAAGUUAGAAAGAAAUUCUUAUUUUGUUUUGGCCCAAUCAAGUUUAAUUUUUGAAUUUUGAAAGUUAUUUUAAAUUUACAAAAAAAGUCAAAAUUAAAUCCCCCAAUUUCUUUCAUGAAAAGCUACAUUUUAUUUCAAUUUAGUGUUGAUAUAGGACACUUUUUUUUUUGAUUUUUUUUUGGGCAUGCAAAGCAAUUAUUUACAGCAAUUUAUAACUCUCAGUAGAGUAUAUUAUUUUUUAAUUACCAGAUUUUUUUUUAAAUCAAGCAACAUUUUAUUUUCAAUUCAAUUGGAUGAAUUUGAUUUUUGUGUGAAAACCAAUCUUGAAAAAAAUCAACACAGUUAUGAAAUCAAUGAAUUUAUAAAAAGGGAUUUUUUUUUUUUAAAUAAAAUUUGUGUUGGUGUU